AUGAACAGCCUCUUCUCGCUCCGCUGCCUUCGCAGCGCCGCUUCGCAGACCACCGCCUCUCCUGCUACAUAUAAACCCAGCACCAUCCUCCGCGCCAUCCAACAAUCCCGAUCAUUCAGCAGCACUCCCGUUCCUCAGAAGAGGAAUCGCGGCGGUCCCAAGAAGGAUGCUCGCAUUCAAAUGAUCCGUUACUUCCUCUCGCAUCCCAUCACACCCAGACCUCUCAGAUUCUCUCGCGAUCGCUACCUUAGACACUGGACCAUUCACCGCGCAUGGCAGAUCUUCAAGGCUCAGCAGCGCACACAGCACGAGCGUGACCUUGAGCGCCAAUACCAGAGCAUGAGAGAUGCCUGUGAGGCCUUGCGUCUCAUGGAUGCUUCCGGAAACAUCGUAACAGAGGGAGAGGCCGCAGCACAAGGAAAGAGCGUUGGAAGGUUGUACAGAAUCGCCAUGAUGAAGAACGACAUUUGGGGUGGUGUUCCCAUCGAAUACGCUCGCAUUCAAACCGACAGCCCAAGCACUGAUGGCUGGAACCACGGUUGGACGAGGUAG